AUGAGUAUUCAACUCCUCCUAAUCGUCGAUCACCAACUCGGCCUCCUCCAGCUCGUCAAGGACUACACAACAGCUGAAUUCCGCAACAAUGUACUAGCGCACGCCGAGCUAGGCAAGCUCUUUGACCUGCCGGUGGUCAUGACGACGUCAGCGGAGACCGGGCCCAACGGGCCUCUCCCCAAGGAAAUCACCCAGAUGUACCCGGAGGCACCGUUGAUCAGGAGAAACGGCGAGGUCAACGCGUGGGACAACCCAGACUUCCGCGCCGCCGUCGAAGCCACAGGUCGCACGCAGAUCAUCCUGGGCGGGAUCGUGACGGAAGUGUGCACAAUGUUUCUGGCCCUGAGUCUCCGGGAGGCAGGGUAUACCGUGUGGGCCAAUACGGAGGCCAGCGGCACUGCAACGCCCAAGCUUGCUGAAGACGCGAACAGGAGGAUGGAGGGCGCAGGGGUACAUUUGACCGGCAUGUUCGGCAUUGCAAUGUUCUUGAUGAAGGACUGGCGGAAUACACCCGGUACGGCAGAAGUGCUGCCUUAUUUAGACAAGUACUUCCCUGCCUAUGGCGUCGUCGCGAGAGCACAUGGUGCAGCAAAACAAUCCUGUGACAUUGUUCCUGGUGAGCAGCAAUUGCUAGGAUGA